AUGGAUGAAAAAAUCCAGGCCCAAUUGAAGACUCUGAGGGAGAGAGAAAAGCUCCUGAGAUUUAAAUACACUGGAGAGAGGAAAAGCCGGGGGUAUCUGAAACAGAUACAAGAGGAGAGGCAGAAAAUUGUUUCUGAAUUUCAGCAACUGAGGCAGUUCCUGGAGGAACAGGAGCGACUCCUGCUGCUCUGGCUGGAAAAGCUGGACAAGGAGAUAGUGAAGAUACGGAAUGAAAAUAUCACCAAACUCUCUGAGCAGAUUUCCCAUCUCAGUGAGCUGAUCAGUGAGCUGGAGGGGAAGUGUCAGAAACCAGCAAGUGAAUUCCUGCAGGAUGUCAGAUGCACCUUGAGCAGGUGUAAGAAGGAGAAGUUCCAGCAGCCAGUGGACAUUUCUCCUGAACUGGAAGUGAGACUCAACUAUUUCUCUCAGAAAACUGUUGCCCUAAUGGAGAUUCUGAGGAAAUUCAAAGCGAAUGUGACUCUGGAUCCAGACACGGCUCAUCCCAACCUUGUCUUGUCUGAGGAUUUGAGAAGUGUAAAGUGGGAAGAAAUACAGCAGGAUCUGCCUGACAACCCUGAGAGAUUUGACACUGAGCCCUCCGUGCUGGGCUGGGAGUGA